UCACGCUUUCUACGUAGCAUGGAAAGCCGUGUUCUAUUACGCCAGAGGUUGUUACGUAUCAAUACAGAGGUAGCAGAGCCUCAGUGAGGCGACAUCCUCUUUUACGCAGGCCGCUGCUCCGACAUCGUAAAGUUACGCUCUCUACAUAGUUACGCUUUAGGCACAGCUGACAGGAGAGGAGAUGGUAGUCAUGGCGGCUCCGGUGUAAAGCGGAUGGGCCGGAGUGAAGUCUGACAGCGAGAAGUCAGGUAAUUUACGCUACAUAUGGGCGCUAUAACACCUCCUGACAGCAAUAUAUACCUACCAUGGCUGUUGUAUGCAAUCCUUAAAAAGGAAGGCACUUUGGGUUGCCAUGACUACAGGCGACUGUUGCCACCUUCCAGGUUCCUUGUGUGAUUGUACUGGCAGUGCCACCUUUCUGAAGUCUUUAGAGGAGUCAGAUUUAGGGAGGCCACAGUAUGUUACCCAAGUAACUGCCAAAGAUGGACAACUCCUGUCUACAGUGAUCAAGGCUCUGGGUACACAGAGUGAUGGUCCCAUCUGUCGAAUAUGCCAUGAAGGUGGGAAUGGAGAGAGACUGUUGUCCCCCUGUGAUUGCACAGGGACUUUGGGGACAGUACAUAAAACAUGCCUGGAAAAGUGGCUGUCCUCUUCUAAUACAAGCUAUUGUGAAUUGUGUCACACAGAGUUUGCUGUUGAAAGAAGACCAAGGCCUGUCACAGAAUGGCUUAAAGACCCAGGACCACGAAAUGAAAAGAGGACACUUUUCUGUGACAUGGUGUGUUUCCUAUUCAUCACUCCACUAGCUGCCAUUUCUGGCUGGUUGUGUCUUCGUGGAGCACAAGAUCACUUGCAGUUUAACAGUCGACUAGAAGCUGUUGGCCUCAUUGCUCUCACUAUAGCACUUUUUACUAUCUAUGUUCUUUGGACUUUGGUGUCAUUCCGCUACCACUGUCAGUUAUACUCUGAGUGGAGACGGACCAAUCAAAAAGUACUGCUGCUGAUACCAGACUCCAAAACAGCUCCUACCACUCAUCAUUCCCUUCUGUCCUCCAAACUUUUAAAGUCUGCAUCAGAUGAGACUACCGUAUGAGAUCUCACAAAUGGACCACCAUGAAAUCUGUAGUAGCUGGCAAAGCAAUGUUGCCCCUCAUCAAUGGACCACCAUAUAAUUGGUUUGGAAAACUGGGGAUCCUGCUUUGUUCCCCUGUUAACAGUUUUAGAACUAUUUUUGUUCUGUUGUGGUUUUUUUGUUUUGUUUUUUUAUUUAAUUCUACCUGCAAGGUAAAGCCACUAGAAUGGACUUUGGUGCUUCAAAGUUAAAAAAGCAAGUCAUUCAAAACAUUUUGAUAGCAGUUUGGAAUCAUAUGUGAAGUUUUUUUUAAUGGAAUGUAUUGUCUGCAAUUUUUCAUAUGACUAUAUACACUCAUCUAGGGAUGGGUAUUUUUGUAUACUUUUUUUUUCAUAGUGUCUGCUACCCACAAGCUUCUGCAGUAUCUAAACUCCUUGUCAGAGCAAAGGUCUCUGGAGUAGAUGGGAUUAAAUAGUAUCCCCACCCAUUAAAAAUAAAUGCAAGAUGAGCUCUGAGGUCUAGGCACAUCUACAGAUAGCAUUAAUAGCAUUGAAUGCACUACAAGAUUUAGCCCACAUAUAACCUGUACUUUAUAUACAGUUAUGGAAAAAAUAAAGCACUGAAAAAACA